CUGCUUCGCAGUCAAUAAACCUCCUCUGACGCGCCUCUCCCGUUCCUCGCCUCCCUCCCUUCCGAGGAGCCUUCCUUCUCCACCCACCAAUCCGCGGCCGAACCCUCAGUUCCCCGCCCCGUUCCGCCCGCCGGGAGCGCGCGCCUGCGAAGAAUUUCGCGGUUCUCCGGCGCCGAUCCCGCGCGCUAUCGCACCGCCGGCCGUGCCACGCGCGGCCAGGAUGCGGAACCUUCUCACGGACUCGUUUGAGCUCGGCAAGAGGGAGCAGGUCCCUGGAAAUGUCGACAUCGAGCUCGGGUUGCAGGGUGACUUGACAAGUUCUGCGCAGCCUGGUUUCGAGGGCUUCUUUGAACAGGUCAAGGAUAUCGAAAACCUGCUCAAUACCUUGACAAAGCUACUGAAGGACCUUCAGAGCUCAAAUGAGGAGUCCAAAGUUGUCACAAAGGCAUCUGCGAUGAAAGAGGUUAAAAAGCGCAUGGAGAAGGAUGUCAAUGAAGUGACGAAGGUUGCACGUCUGGCAAAAUCAAAAGUAGAGCAACUGAACAAAGAUAAUGCUGCAAACAGACAAAAGCCAGGAUUUGGCAAGGGAUCAGGUGUGGACCGAUCCCGGACAACAACAACUGUUGCUUUGACAAAGAGGUUGAGAGAACGUAUAUUGGAGUUUCAGACAUUAAGAGAAGAAAUUCAGAAGGAAUACCGUGAUGUAGUGGAGCGCCGUGUUUUCACUGUUACUGGCGAGCGUGCUAAUGAAGAGACUAUCGAUAAGCUGAUAGAAACAGGCGACGGCGAGCAGAUCUUUCAGAGAGCAAUUCAGGAGCAAGGGCGAGGAAGGGUGCUGGACACACUGCAGGAGAUCCAGGAGCGACACGAUGCAGUGAAAGAGAUUGAGAAGAAGCUUCUUGAUCUGCAGCAGAUUUUCCUCGACUUGGCUGUCUUGGUCGAAGCUCAAGGAGAGAUGCUGGACAACAUUGAGACACAGGUCACAGGCGCAGCUGAGCAUAUUCAGACCGGAACAAACCUUCUCCAGAAAGCGAAGAAGCUGCAGAAGAACACACGAAAAUGGACCUGCAUAGCGAUAAUCAUCCUCCUGAUAAUCGUGCUUGUCGUCAUCCUCUCCCUAAAACCGUGGUCAUGGGGGAAGUAGAUAAGCAGCAUCCAAGCAUAAUUAUCAUUUUGAUUUUUGUUGGUGAUGCUACUCAGCAUUCGUGUUCUAGCUGUGCAUAUGUGAGAAGGUGCAAGAGCGUCCUGUACAUCGUCUUGUAAACUCUGGGUCUGAACUCGUUCAGAUAUUGUUUGAUUCAAAUUGGAUAUAUUGGGUGUGCAACUCUUUCAAUUA